UUUCAAAACCUAUGGUACAUGAACCUUUCCAAAAGUUACUGACUUGGCUCUUUGCUUAUUUAAGGCUCUGAGCUACAGAAAGGGACUGAAACCUCCUACAUCAUGAGUCUCUCUGGAUUAAAACUCGACUCAAACCCUAUCUCAAUUCCCCAGAAGAGCUUCUAUAAUGCAAAGGUCGGAGGUGAGAGGUCUGUUCUGCAACUUCCCUCUGCUUCUAGGACCUUUCGGCAGGUUGUAAUAUGCUCUGCCAAAGCUGUGACUCCCUCGUCCCCAGUGGGAGUGGCUGUGCAGACAGGAGAUGUGCCAGAACGAAUUGGAUCGCUUAGUCCGGUUUCGGGUGUUUUGGGUUCUCAAUGGGGUGAUGAAGGGAAAGGGAAGCUUGUUGAUAUCUUGGCUGGGCAUUUCAAUAUCGUCGCUCGCUGUCAGGGUGGAGCAAAUGCAGGGCACACCAUUUAUAAUUCUGAGGGUAAGAAAUUUGCCCUUCACCUUGUUCCCUCAGGAAUCCUCAAUGAGGAAACCCUUUGUAUUAUUGGGAAUGGAGUUGUGGUUCAUCUACCUGGACUUUUCAAAGAAAUCGAGGGUCUUGAGUCUAAUGGCGUCCCUUGCAAGGGUAGGAUAUUGGUAUCAGAUCGUGCACAUUUAUUAUUUGAUUUCCACCAAGAGGUAGACGGGCUUAGAGAACAUGAGCUUGGUAAUUCAUUUAUUGGGACGACCAAAAGAGGGAUUGGACCUUGUUACUCUAGCAAGAUGAUUAGGAAUGGUAUCAGGGUAGGUGAUCUGAGGCACAUGGAUACUUUCCCGCAGAAGCUUGAUCUUUUACUGUCAGAUGCUGCUUCAAGAUUCCAAGGAUUUGAUUAUGGCCCCAACAUGCUCAGGGAAGAAGUGGACCGCUACAAGAGGUUUGCUGAGCGAUUGGAACCCUAUAUUGCUGAUACAGUCCAUUUUGUGAAUGAAUCCAUCUCACAGAAAAAGAAAAUACUGGUUGAAGGUGGUCAGGCAACCAUGUUGGAUAUUGACUUUGGAACAUACCCAUUUGUCACUUCAUCUAGCCCAUCAGCAGGUGGGAUAUGCACUGGGCUUGGGAUUGCACCAAGAGUCCUAGGUGAUCUUAUUGGAGUGGUAAAAGCCUACACUACAAGAGUUGGUUCGGGUCCUUUCCCAACUGAGAUCUUAGAUAUAGAUGGAGACCGUCUUAGGUUGAAGGGGAAAGAGUUUGGCACAACCACAAAUCGUCCUCGACGUUGUGGCUGGCUUGAUGUAGUCGCUUUGAAGUAUUGCUGUCUGAUUAAUGGUUUCUCCUCUCUCAAUCUCACCAAGCUUGAUGUACUUACGGACGUUAAAGAAAUAAAGUUGGGGGUUGGCUACAGAUUAGCUGAUGGCACACCAAUCAAGUCAUUCCCUUCAGAUCUAAAUGUUCUUGAGCAAUUAACAGUUGAUUACGAAGUUGUACCUGGGUGGCAAGAUGAUAUCUCUAAAGUUAAAAAUUACGCCGAUCUUCCAAUCGCAGCCCGCCAAUAUGUGGAAAGGAUAGAAGAACUUGUUGGUGUACCAAUUCAUUACAUUGGGGUUGGACCUGGCCGUGAUGAUCUCAUAUACAAGUGAUUCUUCAAUUUCAUUUCCAUGCAGAUGACCAUGGACAUCUUGUCAUCAGAAUGAAGUAGACCUAGGGCUUUAGACGAG